UUAUUGCAAAAGUUUGACUACUGUCUUUUUCCUGGUGUUUUUGAUGGUUGCUUUGACAAUAACACAUUAAGUAGAAAUGCUCUUUUUCUUUUCUUUCUACCUGGAAUCCAUACUGGUGAAAUAAACUGUAUAGGCUACUCCAACCACUAGAGUGCGCGUUUGAACCAAGAAACGGGGUUACUGUGUCACGUGAUGUUGUCGUCAUUAACAUGCGGCGGCCGACCUUGUUGUACAUAUGUCUGAAAUCAUACCCUAUUCACUAGGUAGUGCACUAUUGGGGGAGUUUUUUCAAUUUAGAUUCACGCAUAAAAACACUGUGGGGGAUAUCUGGUGAAUUCCUGAAAUUCCACAAUGCACUAUAAUAGGUUAGAGUCCAAACGAUAAACCUUCGAGGGUAAAUAACACCGUAAUGCAGUUUAGGGAAUAGGGAGCAGGGCACCACUUUGGAAGAAGAAUGUUAAUUAUUUACUCCUACCCUACGUCUGCAAGCAUAUAGCCUAGUGCUUUCUCUGUGCCCUUGGUGUCAGGUUUGAAAGCUUAAGUUUAAAACAUUUGAAAACGCAAAUAAUUUUAAACGUGUUAUAUUAUACCCAGAGACCCACUUAGCCUAGUCAGAAUUCUGCUAACCGAAAGCUCUAACGUCACAUAUUACCACCUGACUGUAAAAAUACUUAAGAUAUGACAAGUGUUCAGAUGAGUGCUAAGGAUGAGAUGGUUGAACAGUUCCUGGAUUGUGCUUCCAGAGGUGACUUGGCCAAAGUUUCUACUAUGAUCUCUCACUCCAGUCAACUGCUCAAUGAAAGUGGGAGACAAGGAUGGACAGCCUUAAUGUUGGCUGCAAGAAACGGACACUUUGAUGUGGUAAAAGCGUUACUUUUAAAUGGGUGUAAUAAAGACUUGGUGAAUAAGUCAGGCCAAACUGCUCAUGGCAUAGCAAAAUUCUGGGGACACGGACACAUUGCCCGUUUCUUAGCUAGCAGUGGGGAUGUCGCACAUCAUGGGAUUCUACCAAGCAAUAAAUUGACAGACAAUGAAACAUACUUCAGUAGAGAAUAUCUCAACAGAAUGAGUGAUAAAAGGACUGACUCAGAAUGGCUUUCAGCUAAACAGUCUUCUUCAGAAACAGUGUUCAUUGUGUUUCAUAACUUAGACCCUUUUGUUACAGCACAGCCAGAGGAUAUUCAACCUAAGUUAAAACUGUACAGGUUUGGAAGGGACUCUGUGAAAGAGGUACUCCAUCAGAGUGACACGAUGGUUAUUUUUCUGGGAGUAGAAAAGCAGGAAUGUUCACCUUCUUCACCAUUAUCAAAGGAAGAUGGACUGAUUGCAUGGUUUGCUCUAAAUACCAAGAAGAAUCCAACAGAAAGUCUUAAGUUCACAGGUUCAGACAGCUUCUUCCUUUCAGGGCCAAUGCCAAGGCUCCUAAUGCUAAAUGAAGAUGAAGCAGGUAUUGUUGCACAAGCCAGGUCUGUCCUUGCAUGGCACAGCUGGUACAGUUUUUGCCCAACCUGUGGUGGUAAGACCAAAGUGGAUGAAGGAGGUUACAAAAGAACCUGCUUGACAGAGGGCUGCAGGAGUCUUCACGGAAUCCACAAUACCUGUUACCCUAGAGUUGAUCCUGUUGUGAUCAUGCUGAUCCUUCACCCAGAUGGGAAUAAGUGCCUACUAGGAAGAAAGAAGGCAUUUCCUCCAGGAAUGUUUUCAUGUCUUGCUGGGUUCAUAGAACCAGGUGAGACCAUUGAAAAUGCAGUAAGGAGAGAGGUUUUAGAAGAGAGUGGAGUUACUGUUGGCCCUGUCCAAUAUGUCUCCUGCCAGCCAUGGCCAAUGCCGUCAUCACUCAUGAUUGGUUGCUUUGCAGUAGCAACGUCUACAGACAUAAAGGUUGAUGAAAUUGAAAUUGAAGAUGCUCGCUGGUUCACAAGGCAAGAGGUAAUAGAUGCUCUUGUAAAGGGUAACCAAGCAGUUUUUUUCAUGCCUCCAAGACAAGCUAUUGCCCAUUAUCUUGUGAAACACUGGAUUGGUAUAAACUCAAACCUUUGAAUUGAAUGUUACUAGGGUGUAAUAGCAUGAUUGUGUUUUCAUAAUUUGCCAUGUGUUUGGAUGAUAUGAGGGAGUGAGAUGAGAAACAAAAGUGUAUCUUAUACCAAAAAUCUGAUACCAAAACUCUUAAAUUAAUAUAAUUAUUAUGAAUAAAUUGUGAUAUUGCUAAUAGAUGUAAGUGACCACACUGUCAUUUUAACAAUCUUACAGAUCACUACACUUGGAAGUUCUACUACUUUUCAUUCCAGACUGCCAGGGUGGAUCCUGUUAGAGCUGGUGGUGUAUUUGCCGUUUACUUGUUUUCUAGCAAAGUAGCAACAGCAAAUUUGUCUCCUUGUGUCCAUGUCUGGGUAGCCUAGAAAAGCUCCCACUUUAUCCUCCUAGCCCUCUUUUCCAGGCUUAUGUUGUCAAGGGGUUGAGGUAGUGAAUUGACGGAUGCUGAGUACAGGGCUCUUGUCUGGCCAGCUUCAUCAGGUUCUGUUAUGAUAUCAGAAGAUGCGUUCACUGCAGUUUCUGUAACAAAGUGGGUUUCACAGGCUGGAGUUGUUGGCCCCAUGUGCAACCCCCAAUCUGGAGGACCAGGGGCUGAGUUUAGUCUAGUCCCUCCCCCAAGACCUGUCUGGCAUGGAUAUUCGUCCCUGCCAGCAAGUUCCCUGGGAUGUGCAAGCAGGUCCACCUAUGACAGCCCAGGACCAGAUGAUUGACCAGGAUAAUUGAAAAUACUUGAGUAUAGGGCUCUUGUCGGUUUAUUUCUUGCUAAGUCCAAUCUUCUAAAAUGAGAAAGAUAAGCUCCUUGGCCAAGUUGCCCCAGCAAGAACAUAAAGAGGUAGAAGACAUAGCUGAAGAGGAAGUGCAAGUGUCUUCACUACCAAAAUGCAAGAGAGCAGUGAUGAAGUGAAAAGGAGAGCUCAGUACAGCUACCUUGCACAGAGUGCCGAGGUGUAUUUUCAGUGGCUGUAUCUCAUUCUCUUGAAGGUGAGUGCUGCUAGCCCACCAUUGUCUGAAGAUCAUAAUGUAAUGAAGGAGUACAGCACAGGAGUGAUCGUGAACAUGCUACAAAUUGGUAUUAAGCCUGCCUUGGCAAAUCUAAAGAUUGAUCCUCUGCCAGACACAGCUGAGCAAAUGCCUAAUCCAUUAUGUGGUACAUACAUUCAAGCAAAUUAUUGGGUUGUUCCACAAUGUACUGAUUUCAUUAAUAAGCACUUACAGUCGUGUGGAAAAAAUAAGUACACCCCAUGGAAAUUGUGUGUGUUUUUUUUUUUUUUUUUUUUUUUUUUUUUUUUUUACAUAUUUGGACAAACAAACAUUUGAUCCUCUUUGAAAUGGUGUCUAUUAAUAAAGUUGAUACACUCUAUCGAAUAACACACAAAAUUGACAUUUUGUAGUAAUUUUCACAAUUUAAAUUAACAAAAACAGAUCAGUCACAUGGAAUAAGUAAGUAUACCCCUACAUCACACCUUCAAAUCCAUAUAAUAUUAAUCAGGUGCUCAAGAUUGGAACCUAAUUAGGGUGUGCACCUGUCUUAAUUAUACCUCUCUUAUAUCUAGUGACUGGUGUUCAUUUUGCUGGAAGGUUAUGGAAUGGCCUAGACAAAGCCUGGAUUUGAAUCACAUUGAAAGUUGUGGGGGAGAUUUGAAGUGGGCAGUACAUGCAAGAAAACUGCAAACAUCUUGCAACUGAAAGAAUAUUGCAUGGAAGAGUGGUCAAAAAUUCCAGCAAGCCUGGUGGACAAUUAUGCAAAACAGCUACAAGAAGUUAUUUCUGCUAAAGGGGGCAAUACUAGCUUCUGAGGCCAAGGGUGUACUUACUUUUUCCACAGAAAAAUAUCACAUCUAUUGAUAUUUCUGCUGAAUAAAUUAUUGAAAAAGCUCAUUUUUUUCUGUACUUCAAUUUCAUUAAUAGGCACUGUUUCAGAGAUGAUCAAAUGUUUGCUUGCCCAUAUUUCAUGGAGUGCACAUAUUUUUUCAUAUGACUGUAUGUCCAUUUUAAUGCAAACUGAACUUGAAUUGUGAUAAUAGGGCAUGUAUUGUGGCUGCAGUUGCAGAAUAUGAGAGCUAAUACACUAGUUUAAAAAGCAUGUAAACUGUCCAGUAAAAGUUCUAUCUCUAAUAUGACCCUUGAAGAGAUAAUGUCGACAACAGGAGGCACUGCAGUGCGUCCAACAGUCUUAGCAACCAGUGUUGCUACAUUCAGGCUGAACAGGCCAUGAUUCUACUUGUUACUGACAGGCCUGCUUUACCCUCUACCCAUCAGACUGGAAACACUGUCCCAGAUGAAUGGGACACUGUAUCAAAGCAUAGUAUGAACAAUUAUGUGUUUGGGCCCUGCAAGCAACUCCAGCAUACUAAAAUGUUCACAAAAGGGUCACACACACACCCUAGUGAGUGUGUAUGCUCCAUCUACCUGAGAUGUGCAGGCAAAUUAAAUGCUUUCUCACUGUGGUGCAAAACACCACAGUGUUUUUGGCAAAGUUAGCUUUUUCAUUACAGCCAGAUGAAACCUAUUAUGUUAUGGGUUAACCCAGCAUUCCUGCCAAAAGUGUUGAUGUUGCAUUAUAAUAAUACACCUGUCAUUAUUAUACUGCAUGUGAGAAUGUGCCAAACCUAGUCCUAUGUCCUGUGAGGGCUUUUAAGUGGUAUGUGAAAGUGACAGCAAGCUGGCAGUAGACUUGCCAUGAUAUCAUAAUUUUCACACCUGUACGAUAUCCCUAGUUCAAACCUGUAAUACCGGUAUUAGCCCUGGUUGGACGCUAGAUGGUGCUAUGGGGUAAUUGUGGGUUGUUACAUGCUUAAUGUUGGUGUUUUAUCACCUCUCACCUUAGCUGUUUCACCUAUGAGUGAUGAGUGCGAAGGUGUGCAAAUAAAUUUGACGUGUUCCCUCCUCUCACUGAAAUGUUUUUCGUGCAAUUUCUGCAGAUGGCUCCAUCCUUGUUUUCAAUAUUUUACUUUUGUGCUGCCCCUCUGACCUCGCACAGUUGUUCCUGUCAGUUAAAUGUAAUGUCUUCUGUCAGUGUGUGUGCUAUGCUGCAUCAGUAAAUAACUUUCAAUGCGUUCAUUUAAUUAAAUUUAUCAUGAGUUGCAAACUCUUCAUUAGGCGACUAUACAUUAUUUAAGGCUGUUCUAUUUUUUAGGAUAUUGAUAUAGGAACUGUUAUUAUUAAGUAAGUUUCAUUCAUAUUGUUUCCCCCUAUAAACCAGUAUAAAAUUUCAUACCGGUAUUGUCCCUCAUAACUGGUAUAACCAGGGUGACCCUAUAUUUUGGCAGUUCUAGCUGGCAGGUCCAAGUAUAGGUCUCUGUGGAACAUAAAUGGACAUUUUCCAAUCAGUGGGCAUCAUCAGACUGGAUAGGCGUUGUUCAACCAUCAACCAGGGUUUGGGUUAUUUAACAAAUCAGGUAAAGCGGUUAAAAAAACAACAAAAAACGCCUAUCCCGGUUUGAAAACGUCCAAUAAUUGGAAAACGCUUUUUUUUUGUUCUUCACAGACAACAUACUCGGCAGGACACUGAACUCUGUUUGGCUCUGCUGUCUAAAGCUUAACCUAUUGGGUAAAUAAUGUGAUUGCACAGGCAUACUUGAACACAGGUCAAGACGUACCUUCUUCCAUUAAAUACCAUUUGAUGCACAGCAUGUCUCCUUUCUGGGCAGCACUAAGAUAAGUGUCACUCAGAAGGAAACUCUGGUGCUCUGGAAUGAACGGUAGUAGAACAGAAGUUUAUGUAUGCAACUGUGGAUCUGCAAGUUUUGAGUGCAGUACCACCAGGCCACCUGGUCCCUUUGGGUGACCAGAAUGGCUGGAGGAUGGGGCUGAUGUAGCGAGGACCUUUUAUAGGCUACCAUGGGUUCAAUAUGAGGUCAACUUUGCUAAUGGCCUUUGGCCACAAAUAUGGGAAAAUGGGAAUACGUCACUAUUUCCCAAUGUAACCACUCUCCAUUCAGUCAUAGAGACAUGGUUACAUAUCCUUCUAAAGUCAAGAUAAAGAAAUCUUCACCAUGUUGUUUCAAUUAUUUUCAACUUUAAAUAUUUUUUUCAAGUGGAUAUAAAUAUUUGUAAUGUCACGCUAUACUGUGUAAUAAAAUCAUGUGAUGUGUAAAAGUAAAUCAUGAAAGAAGUUGAAAAAAUUGUGUGUUUAUUUGAGACAUUUACAACAUACACUUUUAAGAAUGGAAUAAAACAUGACUGUAAGUGAUGUUAUAGGUAUGGUCUGAUGCAGCCUUAUGUGAAACGGAGGGCUGUUACCACCCUGGAGUUGAUUGUUUUCCAAUAACAGCACAUCAAAAGUGUUUUUAUUCAUUUUAUAACACACCAAUUUGCCAGUGAUUAUUAUUUUUUAUUUAUUAAAGAAUGACACAUCAUACAUUUUAAAUUGUUUUAUAUUUACAUUUAAUGUUGUGGAACUUGUGAAACAAGUCAUAAACUUGUCAUUUGCCUUGCAGCUGGCACUUUUGUCUUGUUUUUGUAGAAAAUUAAUCAGCACCUUCUGACCAUUCAGAUUUGAGAACUCAACAGCACUGUUGUAGAAAUCAUUAAUAUGCCAUUGUUUCUAUAGUAACUUUUUUUUUGUUAUUUAUGAAAGAAUUUUUGUUCUGUAAGAAGAGUGACCAUUUGUAGCUGUUAUAAGUAUUAACAAGAAGUAUGAAUGUCCUACAACAUUAUGUACACUACCAGUCAUUUUUGGAUACACUUGAAUGUUUCUCAUGAUCUUAAAAAUCUUUUGAUCUAAAUGUGUAUGAUUAAAUGUUUGAAAUCGCUGUUGUAGCCAAAAAUGUAAUUGUGCCAACAUA